GUCCGCGUGUUCGCUUGCAUAUGUCAGCAUCGGGUGUCGCUAGUAUGAAACUUCGUAACCAGGCGAAAAUUAUUAUACUUGACCUCAAUAUGUAAAAAACGCUUCAUUUUCCUUAACAUUGCAUGUUAAAUGUAGUAUAACCCAUGUUUUCACCAUUCCGUCAUUUCAAAAAAUCGUUAAAAAUAUCAUUCCACGGUCAAUUUCCUUGUUCAACGGUCAGAUUAAAGAUAAUUUUAUAGAGACUUAGUAGAUACUUAAAUUAGCGUGCACUUUUUUGAGACGUGGUGCACUUUUGAGUUUUCGUGGACGAACGGCCGAAAAAUUACCUUGCGUUCUCAUAAAUGGGAACGCCCGUUCCCAUAUUUGGGAACUCCGUACCCAAAAAUGGGAACGUUCCUAUAUUUGGGUACUCAUGACCAUAGUUCCGCCUACUGAUAUUGGAUUGGAUUGCUCAUUUAUGAUUAUUUAGUGGUAACACACAAUACACAUGUGACAUGGCUUGCAGUGUGGCUGAACCAAUGUGUCUCCUCAUAUGGGUUUAUUUGAAUUGUGAGUUGUGUACAUAGUUCACACAGUACCUACCUGAUAUAAUGCAGGGCUUGGGAGUUGGGCAUAUUCCUGGAGAUCACCCCUAUGAUAGCUUGGCCUUUGUUUGGCCUUAUCACAUGGAACUCAUGUAGCCUCUAAGAAGAGGAUGUCUGGAUACACAGCUGCUGAACCCAUAACACAUUGUGAUGAUAGGCCCGGUGAACUGCUACGAAAGAUAACUUUUCUUGAUUUUCUUUCAUUUUCUUUCAAGGCUAUUUUAGUCGACCAAUUAGCAAAGUCUUUAUGGGCGCUUAAUCUGUUUUUGCUGAAAUACCAGCUAUUGCAUAUUGGAAUCGAUUUUUCUGCAGGUUUUCAAAUGUUGAUUGCUAAGUUUCUGUUCCCAAGCACAUGUGUUCAUUUUUUUCUAAAGAAAAAAUCAAAUAUUUCAUUAUUCACAUUAUUAAUAGGUGCCUUUCAAAGCAACCUUAUGAUUACCCUGUUAGGGUAGACCGGGGCAAGUCGCCCCGCCGAGGUAAAACGCCUCACCGAUGUUUCUCGGAACUGGCAAGGUUCUGGGGAAACAUCCUCUCUUCUAUAAAACGUGCACUAUACGAUCAUUAUAUGAGCAGACUGGAAAGAAGUUGUGAUGACUCUUUAGAGAGAUAUAGCCAAAAAUGUGUUUUUGGAGUGAUUUUUAUGUUUUGUUGUCAGAUUAUGCAUCAUGGCGUUCCUUUAUCGUCCACAUCAGGUUAACGACUUUUAUGUAUUUUGAACAACUAUUGUCUAACGCUUAUAAUGCCGGGUUGGUUCGUGUUAAAUUAUGUCUUCCUUGAGUGCAAGGCGUUGUUCUCUGACCGAACUACGUGAUGGGGUAAAACGCCCCAGUAGGUCGCGGGGCAAAAAGCCCCAUGGGGCGUUUUACCUCAUGUGUUGUUCGGACUACAAACUUCCUAAUGUUCGGUAGCUGGGGAAACGGUAUGUUUCUAUGCAUUUAUAUGUACUUUUCUCAGCAACUGGAUGGCAAAGGAAGUAUUUUGUUAACAUUUGCAUUGCAAUAAUUUAUUAUUUGGCCUUAUGAGGCAGGUGAAAAACCUGCUCAUACAAUAGUGUCGUAGCUGAACACCUGAUAGGAUGGAAGGUGCUAACUUCAGUGCCGUGCCUCCCAAGGUCUAACGGACCUCUCAUAUAAGAUUUAGUCAACUAGCAUGUUUAAUCUUUAAUCUAGAGUAUGGGGCUUCUUGCCCCAGGCCGUGGGGCGUUUUGCCCUGGGGUUGGGGCAAAACGCCCUAUUUGCAGUUGCUUCACAAACCACUUCCCAGCUGGGAGUCCGAUCAUAAGCGAAUGAAUUUGAGGGGUGGAAUUUAAAGUAAAAUGUCCAAAGAACGCAUUGAGCACAAAUUUGGCCUUCCAGGUGAUGUGGGACAAAAGUUAUGUAGCAAAAUAAAUUAUCUGGGGCGUCUUGCCCCAGGCUACCCUACAAUAUAUGGUCACUUUGAUGUGAGUCUUAUUCUGCUAUUGUUCAAAUACAAAUCAGUACUAUGCUGUGACUUAUGAACAAAGUGGAGCUAAGCUGUGGGUUGUGAACUCUUGACUGGUUAUCUUUCAUCCAUUAAUUAACUUUUUUUAGAGAAAUAUCUUCUUCAGACUGGAAGGACAUAGUGGAAGCUGCACCCUGCAGGCAUGGACAUUGGACAUUAGACAAUAGACAUCUGUAUCACCAUGUCUUCACAAACCCUCCGCGUCACCUCCGAGUACAUCUCAGUGGGUUGCAGCAGCACUCCUCACUCGCUCGACUGGGGCGACGGGGAACGGCUGUGUUUUGGUGCGUGCCACGCACUGGCCGUGGCCGUGCCCCUACCCGGCUCUGACGCUGGGUUCCGUACGGAACACACACUGCACCACCACUCUGGUGAAGUGGUGAGCGUCCGGUGGGCGCGCGACGUCACCACUGGUGCCGCCGUGCCCGCGGUGGUGACCGGGUCCCGCGACCACACCGCAGCGGUGUGGGAUCUGGCGGCCGACCCGCCGGCUGUGGCCGCCCGACUGACCGGCCACGCCGGACCGGUGACUCUGGUGGACGCCGUGCGCUGGUCGGGUUCAGACGGCGGCGACAGACUGCUGGUGGCCACAACGUCCACGGACUGCUCCAUUCGUCUGUGGGAGGGCCAGAAACCCGCCGACGUGGCGCUACUACAGAACAUACCUCUCGGCCGAGGCCUGGCGCUGGCGCUGAGGCUGGCGCAACCACCCUCCGCCGCCGCACCCUGGCUUUUUGUCGGCACAGACGAGGCUACAGUCGUCAUCUACGCACCCGAGGACUCUUCAACGGAGAAGGAGAACGUCUCCCCGACUGGAGGCGGGGACACCCCAGCGGAGGGGGCCUCUAGGAGCGCGGAAUACACCCCUCUACUGCGGCUGGCCGGUCAUGAGGACUGGGUGCGCUGUCUGGACACAGUCGUACUCGGAGACACUCUACUACUGGCUUCCGCCGGCCAGGACGCCAUCAUUCGUGUCUGGUCCGUGUGUCCAGUCUCAUCCUCCGGAGGCGACUCUGCAGAGGAUCCUUCACAGCUAAAGGUGCGGAGUCAGACCCUGUCGGUAGCCGUUAGUGGUGGUGCGAGGAUACACUAUAGCGUCACUCUCGACUCAGUACUGGCUGGACAUGAAGGCUGGGUGUACGGACUCCGCUGGCGUCCCUCACCGAACACCGACCCGUCGUCCACCGCGGCUCCGCAGCUAGCCUCCGCCUCUAUGGAUCGAGCCGUGCUGAUCUGGAAGCAUGACGCGUCAGCCGGUGUGUGGGUAGAAGAGGCGCGGCUCGGCGCUAUGGGCGGUAACGUCCUGGGUCUGUACGGCUGCGCCUGGAGCCCAGACGGCUCCCGCCUGGCGGCGCACUCUCACCGCGGCGCGAUGCACGUCUGGGCUGAGGACGCCACGUCGCCGGGUGUCUGGAGGGGCCAGGUACCGCCCGGAGGCCACACCGGCCCGGUGGCUGACCUGGCCUGGGCGCCCGGCGGCGGGUACCUGCUGACCACCAGUCGUGACCAGACCACCCGGCUGCAUGGCUCCUGGACACCGGCCGGCUCCUGGCACGAAAUGGGACGGCCCCAGGUGCACGGUCACGACAUGGCCUGUCUGACCGCCGUCACAGACACAUCGUUCGCAUCAGGCGCUGAGGAGAAGGUCGCCCGCGCGUUCGCCAUGCCCGGCGCCGUGCGAGACACCCUGGUCACCCUCUGUGGCGCCGCCGCCGCGCCCUCCGCCGGCGACUCUGCCCUGCCAGAGGGCGCGGCCGUGCCCUCACUGGGACUCACCAAUAAACCGGUGUUUGCCGGGGAGGAGCGACGGGAGAUGAUCACCCGUGCCGAGGAGGGUGCCGAGAGCUACUUCCUGCGCCAGCAGCUGACGGCACCUCCCGCCGAGGAGACGCUCCUGCAGAACACCCUGUGGCCGGAGCUGAUGAAACUCUACGGGCACGGGUUCGAACUGGUGACCAUGGCAGCGAGUCAUGACGGAAAACUUCUGGCCACCGCGUGUCGAGCCGCCAAGCCGGAACAUGCCUCGGUACUGCUGUGGGACACUGCCACCUGGCGGCAGGUGGGAGAACUAGCCGGCGCGCAUCAGCUGACUGUGGUACAGCUGGCGUUUUCGCCCGACGACGUGCAUCUCCUAGCGGUGUCGCGGGACAGGACGUGGUCGCUGUGGGCGCGUGUGACGGCCGACGAAGCUCAGAGCGCGCCCUAUCAACUGUGUGCGCGAGGCGCCAAGGCGCACGCGCGUAUCAUCUGGUGUUGCGCGUGGGUGGACUGUGUUACAUUCGUAACAGGGUCACGUGACGGUCAGCUGUCGCGCUGGCGGCGAGCGGAGGACGGUUCCUGGAUCAAACACGGUGACCCUUAUAAGCCCGGUGCGCCUGUGACUGCGGUGGCGGCCACAGAGCACAGUGAGCUUGUCGCUGUCGGGCUGGAGACUGGCGAAAUCCGUCUGCUUACCUGGCGCGGAGACGCGUGGGCCGAAGCGGCCGGACUCGACACUAGCGCCGCGCACCACGGCGCCGUGAAAAGGCUGCAGUUCCGGCCGCGGCCGCCAGGCGGCGCUGCUGAGCUGUUGGCGUCGUGUGGGGCUGAUCACGCAGUGAAGCUGCAUAAAGUGAGGUAGGACGGGGAUGGAGUGAACUGAGUGAUUUUCGUGACGACUUAUCGAUCAGAUGUGUUCGGGAUGAGGUAUGGUCGAAAUCGCUGUCUUGUUCGGCUGAUUUUAUGGAUUCUAGGCACCUUGUUGCUCGAUUGUUGUGGAAUAUAACAUGUCAAUGAACAA